AUGCAAUUUUUGCGUCUGUUCGCGAGAACAGCGCCUGUGGUCGCUCCCCGUCGCUUUGUCGGGCUCGCCCAGCUUUCCCGCCCUCUUCUUUCUCUACCAACACGUAACUUUACAUCCACCACGCGACUGGCUCUCCCUGCUGCCAAGAAAGCAUCCACCACGAAGGGGCGUGUCGCAAAGGCCAAAACCACAACCAAACCAAAGGCCAAAGCCAAACCGAAGGCCAAAGCCAAGGCAAAACCCAAGUCCGCUGGUAGACCAAAGAAGAAAGUACCCGCGCCAAAAUCCACCCGCAUCAAGAAAUCUCAGGGUCCACCUCCGUUGGGAGCAUCCGCGUACAUUCUUUUCUUCUCAGACCUCUAUCCCUCACUGCAUGGUCUGUCCACGACUGAACGCGCCAAAGUCGGUUCUACAAAGUGGCGAGAAUUAACUGAGACCGAGAAAGAGGUUUGGAAGCAACGGGCAGUUGAAGCCAGAGCGAAAGCCCACGCUGCUCGAGAGAAAUGGUUCAGAGAAGCGGAACCCGGCUUCCUCCGCCGCCUCAAUACCCAGCGCAAAGCCCAACAUCGACGACGAAUUAUAGACCACAACAGGACGAAGAGACCCCUGCUGUCGUCCUAUCUGAUUUUCAGCAAAGAGUAUCGUGACACACACUCUCACCCUGGUCUUGCGUCGUCCGAAAUCACCAAGAUAGCUGCAGCUGAAUGGAGAGCGCUCGACUCGGCAGCCAAAAAAGUCUACCAAGCCAAAGCUGAAAAAGCUCGAGCGGCAUGGGCAGCAAGCGAUAAUUGA